AUGUUCCCCUUUUUGUCUCUGAAGUUAUCAGUUAAACAUAAUAGGAAGCAUGAGGCACCACCACAUAGAGGUACAAGUGCAGUAGUCAUAGUCUUACUGGCAGAGUCACAGUUGCCAAUAUUUCUUAAGAUUAGAGAGAGAAGUUGGAAAGCAAGGACUGUGCCUGUUGGUAAAAGACUGGAGAGAGAAGUUGGAAAGCUAGGACUGGGUCAGUUGGCAGCUUCUAAUUUUUUGUUUUGUGGUGUUGCUAAUGUUCCCUUCAAGUUUGUUGGAUUGCCAAUGGGUGUCAACCCUUGGGAAAAUCUAAGACAUUGCAACCAUUUGUAG